GAAGUACAAGAAAAGAGGAACCAUGAGCAACAACCAACAGCCCCAGUCUCCCCGUCAUUGGCAUGGCACUGUCGGUGAUCGCUACGAGCAUCUCAACGUCUGGGUGCGAGGAGGUCCUCCUGAGACCUACCGUCGGCCUUCGAUCCCUACCACCACCGCUGCCACUGCCACUUCCGACAGACGCGGCUCUGAUUCAUCGGAUAUGUCUUCCAACUCUGCCAAUCUGAGCAACAGCCCUCCCCCCAGCGUUGGGGAUAGAAGACGCUCAACCGGCCAUGGCGCAUCCAGCCUAUUUGAGAGUCUGACAAGUCAGAAGCGCAACUCUACUGACCAGACUCUCAAUACACGCCGUGAAAGCUGGAACGAGCAGGGCCAGCAGGGCGGAUUCUUCGCCAAGUGGUGGGAUGGAUACACGAGAGGAGGUAGUAAAUAAUCCCAACUAAUUCCCUUCUUUGAUGAAAUGCUAUGACAUCGGAAAUGUUGGACGCGAGGGGCCAGAUCCCUCAGUGAUUUAUGCGAAUAUUGUUGCUAUUUAGUCAAGUCAGGCGAGGUAUAGCUAUGCUAUCUCGACGAAGUUAUGUUGCAU